AUGGCUGCCACCAGCCUCAGCUCCUGCUCCUGCCUGCCCAGGGCUACUGCAAAACCAGGAGGAGUACCAAGAUCUUCGUCGUACUACACCCAGCUGAACUUUUGCUCGAGGCAUCCCUUCGAGAAGGCGGCGGCAGCAGCUGCAGCCUUCCAGAAGCUCCCGCCCGAGCUCCUCCGGCUGAGCUACGCGGCGAGGAAUAACAAGCAUGCAAGAACUAGCUGCCGGCGGGCCACGGACAAUUACCAGGCGGCGCCGGCCGCGGCGCAAGAAACAACAGCCAACACCCCUCCUCCUCCAGCCUCUCCCGUUCCCAGCGCCGAGAGAUCCCCAGUAACGCCCGGCAGUAACGGCCAGCCGCAGCGCGCCGAGCGAGCCGCCGAAGCGGGCGGCGCGCGUGCUGGGCAACCGGAGUUCGGGAGCGGCGUGCUGGACGCGCUGCGCGAGGCGGACGCGAAGAAGGGCGGGGGCGGGCGGCGCGGGUCGCGGCUGCCCGAGGCGCCGGGCAACCUGUUCGACGACAGCAAGCGCGGGAUGCCCAAGGAGGGGUGGACGUUCGAGCUGCCGUUCGGGUUGGACGUGUUCAUCGUCCUCGUCUCCUUCACGCUCAUCACCACCAUCAUGUUCGGCACCGCCUUCCUCGUGUGGAAGCUUGGCGCCAUACACUUCAACGAGUACUAG